GACAUCGUCCGGCGCGCGUUCCCACACAACAUAAAACAAAAUAAAACACAAAACCCCACAAUAACUCCUAGGACAUAACCUUUUACUGUGCAAAAGUGUACGCGACCCGUGCCCCAUGUUACGAAUAUGUGAUUUAACAACGCAGUGUAGUAAUGAGAAUGGUGCUUUGCGUUCAAUGUUCUGACGUGAAUAAUGAUAUGAAACAACAUUUUGUAGCCUGAUAAAUUGGUUGUAACCGUGCUUUUUAUCUCGGUAAUGUGUUGUCAACAUUAGCAUCUAAAACGAACAAUGCGUUUUGCGUCGCCGAAGUAAACCGUUUAGUUGGAUUCCACCGGUGAACUCAAUGCAAGUUCACGUUGCGGUAUACAGUUCGAGUUCGUCAUGGCGCGUCCGAGCACCGCCAGGUAUAGACCGACCGCGAGGCACUUCCACAACCAGCCGGAGCUGCAGCGCGGCGGGUUCGGUCUGAUGCUUAGAUGGAUCCUCUACGUGUGGCUGGCGAGCUGUGGACCUCUCGGGAACACGGUUAAACAAGACGGUUGUUCGUUCCCGACGAGGUGGCACGGUCGCUGGUUUCAAUCGGGCGUGAUCCAGUCCAUCACUAUAGAAGGAGAGAGACUAUCGAAUAAAGGAAAGUGCCUGUCUUCAGAAGGAGACAAGUUUCUUAUUGUUGACGAAAAAGGCUGCUACCGAUGCGUGGUGAUGCACGAGAAACACAAAAACGUGCUACAAUAUAAAGAGACAUUCUGCUAUAGAAGAGACGCGUUACCACACCUUUGCUCGCUGAUCACCGGCGACGCUCUACUUUAUUCCAUGUUCAGAGAAAACGCUGAUCCAGUCGACUGUCCUCUGAAGGCGCCUUUCUCGUUCAGCUAUAAUCGGGGACACGGCGAUUGCAAAUAUCCCGUGUCGACAAUAGAGAGCUGCACAGAAGACUCGAGGCUGCUCCUCAAUUACCAGGCCUGUCCUGACAUACACGCUUCCGAAAGUGCUGUUGAAGAACUCGAAUGCUUAGCCACUUGGAAGGAGGGUAGUUUGCGGUACCUCGUAGGGAAGCUACACCACAACCACGCGACCAGCAACGAAGAUAGAUAUAGGUGCUUCGUCUAUGAGAAAACAAACGGUAUUGCUUCAGGUGGAAACUUGAAAGAAGAUCCACUUUCGGAUACUGACGUCGAGUACAGGGUUGCGCAAUCGGGCGAUGCGACGUGCAAUGGCCUGUCAAGCGCUACUGAAGGCUCCAGAACAAUGGCACUAAAACGGGUGUCAGUUCGCUUCAACUGUCAAUUUCCGUCGUGGAUGACGUUCUCUCACACGUGGCACACACUAGACUUCACCAGCAACUACACGUUUUAUCAACGCAACGCCACACUGCGGAUCACGAACCAAACGGGAGCCGAUAUCAAAGUAUACUGUGUUAACGUAAAGGCCAGUUCACCCAGCGGGAAUUCUGUUGCGCUAGUUGCGCAUUGGCAACAUCAUUGUGCAUCUCGGUACGUUUGUGUUGUAUUAUACCGAAGAGACACAUACAUAGCUGAAUUGCAACGCGGAGUUCCGACUUCCAAGCCUGAUGAUGCGUGCUCCCCACAUCACUUCAACGCCGUCACGGCGCCUUACAUAACUUUGGUUGCAAGCAAUCCCGAAUCUAAGGACUGUCCUUACCCAGGAAAAUACAAUAUACAAAACAACAGACAUCGAAGAAACGUAAGGUCUUUAGAAAGAAAAGAAUAUUCGCAUCGUAGCAGGAGCAAACGAGAGGAAACUAUUUUCGAACAUAAUCGUAGAGUUAAUGAUAGUAGAUUGUUCAAUCUUAGCGUAAGAAAUGUAUCGAAUGCUCGUAUAAUGAGAAGCAGGAGGCAAGCGGAGAACGCAGAACCUAGUUGCGUUUUUAAUAAUUACAACAAACUUGAAGUUGGCUGUAAUUCGGUGAAGAAUAUGGAGUUUUAUUCGAAUUGCGGGAACAAAGAAAUCGUUACAGCCUACACGUGCCACGGAGGCUGGUACGAAGACGGUGCUUCAUUUGUUGUGACCACCCCGGUGACCCGGGACAGCACGGCGGCCAGACGCUACUGCUUCAUGUCCCGAGAGACUCGGGGCGGGACCCUGAUCCUCACCCGCUCGGCAAGCAACUGCGAACGAGCUAACGUUGAGCCUGAACUCGUCUUUGAUGCAACAGCUAUCGGAGAGUGUCAAGAUCAGACAAACAGUCAGGAAACAGCAAGGACGUCAGGGAUCCUGCUAAUAUGCCUGCCACUCAUCGUGCUUUACAUCAUACCAAGAUGAUUCUCGAUCGUAGACACCGCGUUUAGUCAUUUUGAACCCCUAACCUACCCUAACCUGGUUUAGCUAUGGAAAUCUAGCAAAGCUUAGGAAACGUACAGUUUUCUUUCCUAUUCAAAAAUUUGUGUUUAUUUUUGCUCAGUUAUUGUUAUUGCCCUUUUUUUUUUGUUAGUUUAGUUAUGAUUUUCUUUUUAUUUAAUAAAUUAGCGUAUAUUUUUUCGCCUUGUCGUAAGUUGACGCUCCCUUUCUCUUAAGUUUUUUAUAUGCCGUUGUUUUUUAAUGUGUUAACCCCGUGUGGGUGUGUAAAAGUCCCGACUGAAUUUACAAAAUGCUAGUAUCAAAUUAACUUUCGUAAUUUCUCACAGCUCCAUUUCGUGUGUGAACAAACGUGUAGUGAUGUUGAAAAUUUCUUAUGUCAUCAUAGUCUUCAAAUAUAAUUUUUUUUAUUACUAUUUUUAUUAAUUUGAUUUGUAUUAAAAAUAAAGUAUUGAUGAUACC